AUGUUGUUAUUGCGUACUGUUAAAAGGGGGUUCUCUACCCGUCCUGCUAGUUUGUAUAAGGUGACAGUUCUAGGCGCCGGUGGCGGGAUUGGCCAACCAUUGUCAAUGCUUUUGAAGCUAAAUACACGUGUUACAGACCUUCGUUUGUUUGAUUUACGUGGUGCUCAAGGUGUUGCCGCCGAUCUUUCUCACGUUCCAACUGCGUCGGUGGUUAGAGGUUACACUUCCGAAGAUCCGGAGGGUUUGAAGUCGGCGCUAACCGGGACCGAGGUGGUUGUGAUUCCAGCAGGUGUUCCUCGUAAGCCGGGGAUGUCGAGAGAUGACCUAUUUGUUAAGAAUGCUGGCGCCGUUCAGGGCCUAGCGACAGCAAUUGCGGAGCAUGCGCCUAACGCCGCUGUGCUUGUUAUUUCCAACCCCGUGAACUCUACAGUGCCAAUUGUAGCGGAGGUUUUCAAGAAGCAUGGCACUUACAAUCCUCGUAAGUUGUUUGGUGUGACCACGCUUGAUGUUAUCCGUGCCUCCAGAUUUUUGAGUGAGUUGCGCGGCACCAAUCCAAGAGAUGAGCACGUAUCCAUUGUUGGUGGCCAUUCUGGUAUAACUAUCAUCCCAUUGCUUUCACAGACUGGUUACCAGAUGUCUGAUGAACAGCGUAAGGCUCUUAUCCACCGUAUCCAAUUUGGUGGUGAUGAGGUUGUGCAGGCGAAGCAAGGUGCUGGUUCUGCAACUCUUUCCAUGGCUAUUGCCGGAGCUCGUUUUGCUGGUUCUGUGAUGGACGGUUUGUCCGGCGAAGCUGACGUAGUGGAGGCCGCUUUUGUGGACUCUCCUCUCUUCAAGGAUGAGGGUGUCGAAUUCUUCUCAUCUCUAUUGACUUUGGGGAAGGAUGGUGUUGAAAAGGUACAUGAGCUAGGUCCUGUGUCUGCUGAGGAGGAGGAAAUGUUGCGCGAAUGUAAGGAAACUCUCCGCAAGAAUAUUGCUAAGGGUGUUGAAUUUGUAAAACAGCAUUAG